AUGCAGGCAGGGUAGAAAGUAAACUAGGAUUAUGCAAGAAAUUUGUAGGAAAUAACAAAAGAAUUUUUGUGUCCGAUAUCUGCAAAUAUUUAUAAUAUCUAAUUUUUAAAAUUCAGAAUUAGAGAUAUGGAAUCAGGAUAAGUUCUCUUUGAAGUUGAGCGAGAUCCAGAUGAAGAAUCAAUUGAAAAUCUGCCGCCAGCUCUCCAAGAUGAUUCCAGAAGAAUCAAAUAUCACUUUGGUCCUUAAUUUUUUGAAUUAAAAACGAUAGGAGCACAGCUAACAUUUUCUGUAGGGGAUAAACCCAUCAAAAACUUUACUAUAAUUGAAAGGCAUUAUUUCAGGAAUGUCUUAUUGAGGAGCUACGAAUUCUAAUUUCCAUUUUGCAUUCCAAAUUCAACGAAUACAUGGGAACAUAUCUAUACAAUUCCAGAGAUUGCGGAAGAUAUUAAAUAAUUAAUGAUAGAAAAUCCUUUUGAUACAAAAUCAGAUAGUUUUUAUUUCGUUGGUGACACUUUGGUUAUGCAUAAUAAGGCUGAAUAUGAUUACUCUCCAAUAAAUGAAUGA